ACGACAGACGUAGAGAAGUCUGGCAUCCAAGCAUUUCCUGUUGCUGUCUGUUGAUGAAAUAAAAAUAAAAAACUAGGGUUAUGGUUUUUUGUUUUAAACAUUUAUGGGUUUCGUUUCAAGUGUUUUAAUUAUGAUUUCCCGUAUAUUAUGAUGAUGGAAAGAAAAAUUAAGUUAAAAACCCUAAAUAAUCACAUAACAUGCAAAAUUUGUAGGGGCUAUCUGAUAGAUGCAACCACGGUAACGGAGUGCUUGCAUACUUUUUGUAAAAGCUGUCUGGUGAAGCAUCUGGAGGAAAACAACACUUGUCCAACAUGCAAAAUAGUCAUACAUCAAUCACAUCCACUUCAAUACAUUAGCUUUGAUCGGACAAUGCAAGAUAUUGUUUACAAGCUAGUCCCAGAUCUACAGAAAAAUGAAAUAGAAAGUGAAAGAGAGUUUUACAAAGCAAGAAGGCUACCAAAUCCCAAAGAUAUACCCCUUACAAAUGGUGAAAGCAAUGGAGACCAUGAACCAGACCCUCAUGCAGAAUCAGAUUACCACAGGCAAGAUGAGCAAGUUAACGUGUGCUUGGAAUGUAUUAGCUCAAGCCUAAAGACUCUGAAAAGGCGAUUUAUUCGGUGUUCUGCUCAAGCAACUAUUCUUCAUUUGAAGAAAUUUGUUGCCAUGAAAGUACUAAAUGGCAUGGAAAAAUAUAGAGAUAUUGAUAUUCUUUGCAAUGAUGAACUUUUGGGGAAAGACCAUACUUUAAAAUUUGUUUACGUAACGAGAUGGAGGUUUCAAAACCCGCCCUUAACUUUACAGUAUAGACCGCGAAUUGAUAUUUAAAAUUGGUUACUUUGAUUUAAAAAGGGUCAAGUAUUUUUAAAAUUCGAAAUGUUGAAAACCCUAAAAGGGGAGAAAUAUUUAUUUAUUAAAUUUUUCUUACAGUGCAUAUUAUUUUUGUACUAAUUACCUAAUACCCUAAUAGGUUGACAAAAUUUACUCAUAACAUCAUCCGUCCAGACAAAGAGCCAAUUAUAACCAGUAAUUGCACGUUUGCGGUUAUUGGUUCUUGAACUUACUAAUACCUAUAAAUUCGAUCAUAUAAUAAGAAGCUGUAGAGUAAGGUACUUGUCUAGUAAGUACUAUCAAAAAGGUAAGUACUGUAUUUUUUUACGAAUAUAUCAUGCAAUUAUUAUAUGUAGGGUGAUUCGGAAAUACAUAUACUUCAUUUCUGCGAGUUAUUUAAAAAUGAAACUACAUAAAAAAUUCUUCAAAAUUCUUAUGUAACUCAGUUAAAUUCAAAAAUCACAUGCUUCUAUUCAGCAGUGUAUUAGAAACUUUUCUGAAUUGUUCUGUUUAAGGCAGUGUGCUCAUAAAAUUCUGAUUUGGGUGUUUGAUAUUAUUAAGGAGAAAUUGUACUCACGAACAAAAAUAUAACAUAUUUUAUUUUUAUCAUUUUUUCCUUAAAUACUUUGGGUGCUGGUUCCGCAGUAUUUUGCGUACGUUGCCUAUGCAUAAAGAGUAACAAUAGCGACAAUAUAAUAGUGAACUUGAGUCUCUCUUUUCAGUUCCUGAUCUGAAUGAAUUCUUAUUGAAAGCUUCCUGAGCAUCGUUUUUACAACUAGUCAGCAUGCAUUCUUAAAUUUACCUCAGAAACCUUCGUAUAACUCUUGGAAUUGAUGCCAUCCCAAACCGUAAAACCGUCCCCAAAGUUAAUGUUUUGUAAGAUUAAAUAUUGCAAACUCUCUCCAGAUCUUUGGUAUUCUCAACCACUUCGAUCAGUAUUCCUUAAUAUUAUUCGUGUUUCUUCGGCAUAAACACAUUUUUUUUAUUAAUACUUACACGAUCGCAAAUAUUGCAAUCUCAAAUGUGUUUUACGGCCUCCCUUGGGGACUUUCCGAUCUCCAAUUUCAUUAUGUCGUUUUACUAUGCGAAAAGCACUCAAUUGAUAUAUUUUUACUUGCAGUAAACUUGACUAUUGACUAAAGUAAUAAUUUUAACUGAAGUGUUGAAAUUUGCUAUCGCAAAUAGAGCUAGUCAAUAAUAAUUACAUACAUCAUUUUGGAUAAAAUAAAUCGAACUUACAGUACCCAGCAGCAAAAAAGCACAAAAAGUGUUAAGGAAAAAAAGACUAAUAAAUUAUGCGAUAUAUUUGUUAGUGUAUCGCCAAUGACUAGUAAAGUAAAUGUACAUACUUACUGUAAUUAAUUAUCUUAGUUCAAAUUAUCUGGUAUAAGAACAUAUGUUACUUUUGCACUAAUUACAUAGUUAUAUAGUUGAAAAUAUUCAAAUCUUAAAAUUUAUUAUGGGAGUAAGAUAUAAAGUGUAUAUGUAUUUAAAAUUCACCAGAACAACUGAAUAAUCGGUUUGGUUGCAUUACAUAAUGUGAAGAUCGCAACGUAAAAUAUUAUUGUACCCAGUACAGGUCUAGUGCCCCAAAUCGUUCUUUUAUCAAGCAACAUAUUAAUUAUCUUACUUCAGGGACUUCGACAAUGUUUAAUAUGAAUGAAUGCUAAUACGCCCGAGUUGCUCUUAAUAACUACAACAGUUACAUUUGCUCCUGAAUAUUUCUAAAUCUGCAAAAAACAUAUUUAUAGUUAUUUGUUAUGGGAUACUUUCAUCAAGGAAUUGAUCAAUGAUACCUUAUUAUGCAUUCUAUUUACGCAAAUACAUUUUUAUUUAUUAAGUUUGCACCAGUUUUUUUAGAUUUUUUUUUUGAAAUUCAGCAGUAAUAUUCUAAAUUAGCCAAUCCUCCGAACUUUUCUUCGGUAUUGUAAAAAUUUAAUGUGAAACCUUCGAGACAAUUAAUUUAAUUUUAAACCGAUUGCAUCCACUCCUUCGACAAUAAAUUUAUAGAUAUACAUCAAAACAAACGUAACAGCGCCAAUUGUGGAAUAUCUUGAAAACUGUGGCACAUCUAUUUAUUCGUGCUAAUGCUCUUUUGUAAGUAAAGCAAAUUUUCGAUUUUUAAAUACGCAGAGUAAAUGUAACAAUUUGUCAUUUUUAUUUUAUAGGAUCCUGUGAUAUUUUUUUAAACAUUUAUUCAAUUCAUUUUUGACUCGCAUUGUAGGUUUAUUGUAGCGAUAAGUAUUUUAUAAGGAAUAUAUUAUCAUUUUUUAUAAAUUAAACGGUAUAAGUGCUAUAUUUUUUGCAAUAACUGUGGUGUGACUUUGUUAAUAUCAGUAAUAAAAUUUUUAUGAAAGACAGAA